UGUCGACGCGCCCGCUCUCUUUCACACUCUCUCGCGUCUGCCGUUUGGCGUUAAAUUGUUUAAAUUUUUUUAAUGCAUGCGUAUGGGUACGAACUAAGGUAACACCGAACUCAGUGGUGCGCCGGCUGCUCCAAGAGAUAGUACGCACGUCUGAAGCGCGGAUAACAAGAGCGGACAAAAGUGAAGCGCGUGCGCCACAAAAGUUAAAUUUCUGCUUUCUGCAAUAUAUUGUGAAAAUCGCGCGCGUUUUGUUUCUUUUAUUGCAAUUAGCAGUUAAUAAACGUGUACACAAAAAUAUGCCAAUAAAAUACAUACGUACAGUGACAAAGUGAUUCAAAGCAACAAUAGAAAAUGUGAAAAUUUCCAUUGGCCGAGCCAAAGCGACGCGCAGCAUUCAGCAUCAAACGGAGCAUCCUUCCACAUCGAUUGUCAAUUAAAUGGCAAAGCCACGCAGAAAACGCUUCCGUUUGAGGUGCGCACAGAAUGAUGGCAAAGUACAAAAGGAUGCGCAGCCCAAUGGAUGCAGUUAAUCGCUUUAGAAACCACAACAACAACAGCAACAACGGCAGCUGGAACAGCAUUAGAAUGAUGGUGAAACGCUUUCUGUUCAUCUGCUUCUUUCUGGCGUUCGGCAUUUGGCUGAUUGCCGUGCACCAGCCGGACACGGAGGAGGCAUACGCCGUCAGCUCUGUGAUACCAGCCACACAAAUCCAACUGCAACUGCAACAGCAACUGCAAUCGAGUGCCAAUGGCAGCAAACCAAACCAAAUACACGACCCUAGUCGCACUCAGCAACUUAUUAGCAACCUUAGUAGUUAUUAUUAUUAUAGCCCUAGCCUAGUUAGUCUAGACAACGCGGCCACGCCCGCCCCAACGCCCACGGCGGCCAGCCGAUCGCCGUCAGCCUCGCUCGCAGCGUCGCUCCCAGCAUCGCCGUCGCCGUCGUCGUCGUCGUCGUCGUCGCCCCCAGCUCCUCCAUCCACGCAGUUUCCCUCGGAUGCCAGCCAGCUGAUCGAUCUGCAUCAUUUUGCAUAUCUGAUGGCACAGCCUGCCUGCGAGGCGCACAUCCAGGCGCUUAUCCUGGUGCAUACGGCGCCGUGGAACGCCGAGAAACGCACGCUGAUACGCGAAACGUGGGGCGGAUCGAGCAUGACGUCUGCACCAAUGCCGCUGCGCGUUGUCUUCCUGCUGGGCGCCGUCUCGCAGGCGGAUCAAAAGCUGCAGCUGGCCCUGGAGCAGGAGAAUGCGCAGCACGCGGACAUGGUGCAGGGCAACUUUCAGGAUGCCUAUCGCAACAUGACCUACAAGCAUGUGAUGGCCUUCAAGUGGUUCAACAGCAGCUGUUCGCACGCCCAGCUGUUGAUCAAGGUGGACGACGAUGUCUAUGUGAAUACGCCGCUCCUCGUCCAGCUGUUGUCCUCCACGAAUCGCACCAACUCGAGCUCGUUGCGUGGCCUGCUCCAGCAGCCACACGAUCUGCUCUUCUGCCGGCCCGAGCUGAGGUCGCGAGUGAAGCGCUCCUAUCGCUCCAAGUGGCGCGUCAGCUUUAGAGAGUUCGCCGACGACUAUUAUCCGCCGUAUUGUCCGGGCUUUGCGAUUGUCUACUCGCCGGACGUGGUGCAGCGUCUCUAUCAGGCGGCCCAGCAUGCCGGCUACUUCUGGGUGGACGAUGUUCACAUAACCGGAGUCCUGGCCCAGCAGACGAACACAACGAUCACCACGCUCAAGCCGUAUGUCCUCUACGAAUCGGCGUGUGAGCGUCUGCUCAGCGGUCGGAGCGAUCCCAAUCAGCUGGAGUUUCUGUUCACGGGCCACAGCAUCUCGCCGGAACAGAUUAGGCGACUGUGGCAGCUGCAUUUGGCACAGAAUGGCACCCAAAGAAACGAGGAGGCGGCCCAAGAGACGGGCUUGAGCUAGCUUCAAGCAUGAAUUGAAAUGAGAGUUUGUUUUGGCUGUUGUUUUCCUUUGCUAUUAGUUCAGGGUUUCUCCUUUAACUUAAGUUGUUAACUUAGGCUCUAGCAAUUAGAUUAUGAAUUAAUGAACUUAGUUAGCAUUUGUCGGAGGAGAAGAGAAGAAGUGAAGUUGAAGUUGAUAAACAUUGCAAGUCAAGUGAACCACCAACCACCUGCCUACAAUCAUUCGUAUAUCAUAUAUGAUAGCAUAACUGAAGCAUUACGAUAAAGCUAACGAUAAGACAAACAUUCAAAAGCCUCUCCGGGUGAUAAAUACAAAUACAAACACACACA